UUUUAUUUCAGCCAUGGCUUUAAGGAAUAAUGAACCACACAUAGCUCUAGAGUGUAUAUCGUUACAAACACCGCAUUACGUCACAAUUAGGAAUAUUAAAGUCAUAGCUUUAUGUCAAGUGGGUAGGAUUGACGAUGCCUUGCCAAUUCUAAGAGGUGUUUUGGAUAUAGACUCUCCGAGUAGAAUAGACAAACACACGUUCUUUUCAGAGACGAUAAAAGCAGCACAGGAAGCGGUAAAACAAAAGAAUGACAAAGAUCUUGAAAAGACUUUUGAAAAUAUCGAAAAGGCUUUACGGGAUCGCGAUCUCAUAGAUGAUCAGACUUUAGACAAGUUGGUGACAAGCGACAUUAUAUUAUCUGUGAAGAAACACGACAAACCUCGUGGUAUGCCUAAAAUGCCGUUUGGUCAGAGGCAACGGAAUUUGAGUUAAUUACAAUUAUAAAUAUAAUGCAAUGUAUGAUUCGUACUAUGUGAUAAUAUGUAAAAUUAACUGUAUUAAAAUGUUAUGUACACAAGUCUUUGAUUUAAAAACAAAAUCAAAUUUAAGAUAUAUUCAAAAUAUACAGAGAAUUUAUAUUUAAUGACAUCGUAAAAUUAUGUGGACCGCAAUAUUUAGUUAUAUUUUAUAAAUAUAAGAACAAAAUUCCAAACUCUGUGAAUAUGUAUGUUUUAACCGACUUCAAAUAAGGAACAUCAAAAAGUAUUUUCAAAUUGGAAAUACUAAUUUUUCCUUUUACAUCCUUGAACAAAAAAUCUGAUAUGUUAUUCAGGGAGAAUUACAAUGGUGAAAGAAAGCGGUUCAGUAGAAUUUGAGUUUCUUACCAAAAAAUCGUUCCUUUUGUAGUAUUAGUAUAGAUUUAUUACUACAUAUUUAAUAUUGUUUUUAUGUGGUACGAAUCAUUUGUACCAACGAAGAAAUUGCAUUUUGAUGUCAAAUAUAACAGAUUUAGUUGUCUGAAAUGGAAUUGUGUGCUUGAUUGUGAAUGUUUAAAAUUGUUCAAAAUAAAGUGUUGAUGUAG